AUGAUGAAGCCUCUAUACAGUUUAAUUUUACUCAUUGAGAAACAGGAAAGUUUUUACGAACACUCCUACAACAAUAAGCCACCUGUCUACUUGACUGCAAAUAACAACCAGAAUUUCUUGUAUACUGCAAGGCCUUUUUUGAAGAGAGCUGCUUUGGUAAUAAGCUAUGUCACUCUGGUGCUGUAUUUCCGCCUCUGGAUAAUGGGAGGGUCUAUGCCCAUGUUUUCGGAGCAGGACAAUCCAGCUUCAUUCUCGCCGUAUUUACUGACGAGGUUUCUAACUUAUUCCUACCUUCUGGCCUUCAAUGCGUGGCUUCUGCUGGCACCAAUCACCCUGUGCUACGACUGGCAGGUUGGCAGCAUCCCUUUGAUCGAGUCCAUCUGGGAUGCAAGGAACUUAGCCACAGUGUUCCUGGUGCUGGUGAUGACAUUACUCAGCCUACACUGCAUAGCUGUAUUCAAGAAACUGGAACACAAAGAAGUUUUGGUUGGCUUGUUGUUCCUGGUUUUCCCAUUCAUCCCAGCCAGCAACCUCUUCUUCAGGGUGGGAUUUGUGGUGGCAGAGCGAGUCCUUUACAUGCCGAGUAUGGGGUACUGCAUCCUUUUUGUCCAUGGUCUAAAAAAGCUAUCUACAUGGUUAAAUAAGUGGAGAAUUGCUGUUCUGACCCUCUUUGGUUUACUGCUGCUGCUCUUCUCUUGGAAGACCGUGAAACAGAAUGAAAUCUGGCUGUCACGAGAAUCCCUUUUCAGCUCAGGAGUGAAGACGCUGCCCCACAACGCCAAGGUGCACUACAACUACGCCAAUUUCCUGAAGGACCAGGGCCGUAACGUCGAGGCGAUCUACCACUACAAAACUGCUCUCAAACUGUACCCUCGUCAUGCAAGUGCUCUCAACAACUUGGGGACGUUGACCAAAGAUGUGGUGGAGGCAAAGGACUACUACAGACGGGCCCUGCAGUUAAACCCUCAGCACAAUCGAGCUCUCUUCAAUCUCGGCAACCUGCUCAAGUCCCAAGGGAAGAAGGAGGAAGCUGUAGUCUUAUUGCGGGACUCCAUUAAGUACGGCCCGGAGUUUGCAGAUGCUUACUCAAGCCUGGCCUCGCUGCUGGCUGAACAGGAAUGGCUUAAGGAAGCAGAGGAGGUCUAUAAGGCUGGCAUAGAGAAUUGUCCAGAGAGCUCCGAUCUGCAUAACAACUACGGUGUUUUCUUGGUUGAUACGGGGGCUCCCGAGCGAGCUGUGUCCCACUACAGGCAGGCCAUCCACCUCAGCCCCACUCACCACGUGGCCAUGGUGAACCUGGGCAGGCUCCACCGCUCCCUGGGGCAGAACAAAGAGGCUGAAGUGUGGUACAAACGGGCACUGAAGGUAUCCCGGAAGGCUGAAAUCCUGUCCCCUCUGGGGGCUCUGUAUUACAACACGGGGAGGUAUGAGGAAGCGUUGCAGGUUUACAGAGAAGCAGCAUCACUGCAGCCUUUGAACAAGGAGAUCCGACUGGCGCUGGCUCAGGUUUUAGCAAUGAUGGGUCAGACGAAGGAAGCUGAAAAGAUGAUGAACCACAUACUCCAUGAGGAUGUGGAGUGUCUGGAGUGCUACCGUCUUCUGUCAGCCAUCUACAGCAAGCAGGAGCACUAUGCCAAGGCACUAGAAGCUAUAGAAAAAGCUCUUCAGCUGAAACCAAAGGAUCCAAAAGUCAUAUCAGAGCUCUUUUUCACUAAAGGAAACCAGUUAAGAGAACAAAACCUCCUUGACAAGGCUUUUGAGAGCUAUAAACGGGCUGUGGAGCUCAACCCAGACCAAGCACAGGCCUGGAUGAAUAUGGGAGGCAUUGAGCACAUCAAGGGGAGCUAUGUCACUGCCCGUGGCUACUACAAGAAAGCCUUACAGCUGGUUCCAAACAGCAAGUUGCUGAAGGAGAAUCUGGCCAAACUGGAUCGCUUGGAGAAACGGUUUCAGGAAGUCCAGGAGAAAGACCAAACAUAGCAUUCAGUCACCAGUGGAAAGAAACCCUUGUCCCUUGGAGAAGAGUAUGGUGGAAGCCUGUUGCUCCUGUUGCUGAAGGAACUUUGAUAGAACUCAGAAUUACAGAAGGCAGAUUUUGACUGCAUGCAUAUGUUUGGCCAAAGUUACAGGAGACACUUGGUUCUUGUGGGACAUGCUGGAGAAUGAACGAAAAACUUCCUUUAAUCAAGAUUUAUGUUUAGGCUGAACCCAUUUUAAUGACACCAGGAGUGUGAGUGGGACAUGUACCU